AUGAAUUCGUAUCAUGGGGAAUACAUUUUGAAAAAAGUUUCGAAAAUACUGCAAAAACCCGCGCCAUCGACAGUCACAUCAUCAAUGUCUGUUUUAGGAGAGCAGAAGGACACGAUUGAAUCAUCAAAACCCAAUGAUACUUUUGAGAUCAUAGUAAAGGAAGGAGUGAAACUUGCAUCGGAUUAUCUUAAACUUUUGAAAGAUUUGCUGGAAAGUGAGAAAGAAAUGGAAAAUCAUCAAAGCAAUGCAAGCGAUGACGGCGAUGCCGAGGAAUUCAACAAACGUUAUCUGAUACUCAUAUCGACUGUAAUGACAUGGGCACUUACUAAACCAUUAGAUCCGGAAACUCCUGACAUGCCUUUUAUUGAGACGGAUUUUCGCAAAAGGAAACCGCAUCCAAAUUACAAACAACAUUAUUGCAUAGAAAAUGAGGUCAUUGGUAUUGCUAAGAAAUACAAGUCACGAAUUGGUGCUGUGGUGGUAGCUUCUGGAUUGACUUAUGGAGGGCGUGAGGAUCCAUUGUUUUAUUGGUUUCAGAAGGCUUGGGAAUGCGAGCCUUUCUUGCCUAUCCUAGGCCGCGGUGGAAAUGUUAUUCCGCUUAUAAGUGUUUUGGAUUUAGCAGAAAUAAUUUGCAAUUUAAUAAAGACCUUUCCGAGGAAGCUUUACAUAUUAGCGGUCGAACAAAAUAUUACAAAACAAAGAGAAAUUAUCAAACCAUUAGGACGUUUGGUUGGCUCUGGAAUGUUUAAAUGCAUACCCCCGGAGGACGCAUUUUUAAUUCCCGAGAUAGACCAAAGAACAUACGACUUCAUGACAGUGAAUUUGAAUAUGGAACCUACUUUUAUUGUUGACAAAAUGGGGCUUCAAUGGACGUCAGAGUUAACUUUUGCUGAGAAUGUACCCAUUCUUAUGAAGCAAUUUAAAAAAGAAAGAGGACUGAAGUCGUUUAAGGUACUUAUAUACGGUCCUCCGCUUAUUGGGAAAACGACUCUAUCAAAAUUAAUAUGCGAGGCUUACGGUCUUGUAUACAUUUCACAGGACACUAUUGUUGAGGAUAUUCUGAAGGAUUUGGAGCGGAGAGUAAAUCAUUGGAAGGAAGGUGAGACAGCUGCUCUUCAUAUUCCAAAUGUGGAAGAUGAUAAUGUAAUUGAGGAUGAAGAAGACGAAGAAGAGGACGAGAAUGAAAAAGAAACGGCACGAAUGACGCUUGGCAUUUUACUCUCUGGUCAUCCUCUGAAUGAAGAAGAAAUGAUAGGAUAUUUGCGACAAAAGCUUCUUAGUCAUGAAGCACAAAAUAGAGGAUGGGUUUUAGAUGGAUUUCCAACUAACCUAGCUGAAUGCACUGCACUAUUUGAAAAAGGAAAUGAAGAAGACACCGAAGAUAGUGAAAUAAAUGACUCAAAUUUUGAGGAAGACGCUGACUUAUACAGUAACGUGCUAAAGAAAAUAUUGCCAGAUGUAGUUGUAUCGUUGGAAGCAACGGAUGACUUUAUAUGUGAAAAGGCAAUGAAUCAGCCGGAAAGUGACGCGCGUUUUGACGAAAAUACAGUGCUUAAACAUCUUCGUGAGUUCAGAGUAGCAGAUGCACCCGAUGUGACUCCCCUUAACUUUUUCGAUGAGCUGGGUAUUCAUCCUCUCGUGGUGCAAGUUAAUGAUCAUAAUGACUAUUCCAUGAAGGGUCCGUAUGCAGACGUGUCGCUGCGUAUGGGACGUCCAUGCCGCUAUGGAAAGUUACUUGAACUUAUCGAGAUGGCAGAGAAACGAGAAAAGGCUGAAAAGGAGUUGUUGCAUGCCAAACAAGAGAAAGCGUUACAGGAAUUAAAAAGAAAGAUGAAAGAUGAACAUGAGGAGAAAAUGGAAUACUGGUCAGAGUUAUACGGUUUGAUGCGCGAGGAGGAGGAAGCGGCCUUAGCGGCUGCGGGUGAGCCAAUGCGGAACUAUCUCGUGCAGUAUAUCUUUCCCACUCUAACCGCUGGGCUGCUUGAAGUCGCCAAGUUGCGACCCGAUGAUCCCAUCGACUUUCUUGCUGAAUAUUUAUUCAAGCUUAAUCCAACUGGCAAGAUGCUCGAGCCAGGCUACAAUUUAAAGGCUGAAAAAAUUUUGGGGAAAAUCAAAAUUUUGGAUGAUGCGUUAAAAGAUUUGGAUAUUAAAAUAGACCCUCUUAUGCCGCCAGAACUUGAAAUUGAUGCCAACGAAGCCUCCACAUCUAAACGUAAUAUAAAUAGCAUGAGUGCAUUUUAA